GUUCUUUUUGUCAUUUUUAUAUUCCCCUUUUUAUAUCCUUUUUUCUUUUUUUCUUUUUUCUUUUUUUUUUAUUUACAAAUACAAUAUAUCUUUUCUGUUGAUUAAUGACUUCAACUGCAGUGAGGGUGGGUCUUCGAGUUAGACCUUUGACUCAAAAAGAACAACUUAGUAACUGUACUGAAUGCUUAUCGUUUAUUCCUGAUGAACCUCAAAUAUUAAUUGGUACUGAUAAGUCAUUUACUUUUGACUAUGUAUAUGAUUCAAAUACUCCACAAGUUCAAGUUUAUGAUACUGCAGCAAAACCUUUAAUUGAAAAAUUCCUUGAUGGAUUUAAUGCUACUAUUCUUGCUUAUGGACAAACUGGUUCGGGGAAGACUUAUUCUAUGGGGACAAGUUUAGAAAACAGCGCCAAUGCCGAACAAGAAGGUAUUGUACCACGGUGUAUCGUCCAGUUAUAUCGCAGUUUACAAGAACGAAUGGAAUCUAUACCUGGCUUUGAUUAUCAAGUUUACGUCUCAUUUCUUGAAUUAUAUAAUGAAGAAUUGAUUGAUCUACUUAACCCUUAUAAUACUCAAAAACGCAAAGGAGGUGUUAUUACUGGAACUGCUCCUGCUGAAGUCACUAUUAGAGAAGAUGUUGCUGGUAAUAUCUAUUGGAGUGGAGUCAAAGAAGAACUUUGCUCAAGUCCUGAAGAAUUACUUGGAUUUCUUGCUAAAGGUUCAUUAUGUCGUACAACUGGUUCCACUGAUAUGAAUACUGUAUCCUCACGAUCGCACGCUGUCUUUUCCGUCAUCCUCAAGCAAACACGCCCUGAUUUGGAAGAUACAAAAUCAUUGACAAGUAAAUUCCAUUUUGUCGAUCUUGCUGGUUCUGAAAGGUUGAAACGUACAAAUGCACAAGGUGAUCGGGCAAAAGAAGGGAUCGCUAUCAAUUCUGGUUUAUUGGCUCUUGGGAAUGUGAUUUCUGCACUAGGUGAUGAACAUCGAAAAGGAUCACAUGUUCCAUACCGUGAUAGCAAGCUCACGCGACUACUUCAAGAUUCUUUGGGUGGCAACAGUCAGACUUUGAUGCUUGCAUGUGUAUCACCUGCAGAUGCCAACUUUAUGGAAACACUUAACACUCUUAAAUACGCUAAUCGUGCUAGGAAUAUCAAAAAUCGUGUCGUAAUCAAUCAAGAUUUUGCUGGUAGCUCUAUUGAAGUUAAUCAACUCCGUGCUCAAAUAGCUCGUCUUCGUAUGGAAAAUGCAAGUUUAAGGGCUGAAGGUCUUUCUGGGAGUGUGGGAUCACGAAAUAAUACUGGAUCUUAUAUGGCCAUGGAUGAACAUCGUGCUCUUCGAAAUGAAGUGAAUAGACUCCGUGAUCGCAUUCAAGAACUAUCUACAAGUUUAAUUCAAGUCACAAGUGAAAGGGAUACUAUGGUAAUGGAACGUGAACUUGGCGAAUUUUUGAAAUAUGAAGAAGAGCUCGAUGCUCGAGUCCCAUCAAGACGACCAAGUUAUGAUCUCGCCAAUAGCAACAACGAUCAACAAACACAACAACAAUCCAUUUUGGAUACCAAUACUCGUAUACAAGCACAUCCUCUAGUUGCUCAAUACCAAAAGACUAUCCAAGACCUCAACAACGAAUUAGCUGACACAAAAGAUCGUCUAAACUUUUUGGAAAACGCUAAAACAUAUCAUCCGCAAUCAUCAACAACACAUCAAUCUGCUCAACUAUCACUUUCAUCCUCAACACUGUCAUUUACACAAUCUUCUCAUAUUGGUGGACGUCAACGGAAAUCCAAUAGACGGCGUCGUAGGCCUCUUAUGUCAUCAUCAAGCAGCACAACAACAUCUGGUCGUCGUGGUUUACGGGCUCGUCGUUCUCAUAUAUCUUAUUCUGGUAGAACUCAACGUUUAGGAUAUACCGAAGAUAUGGAUGAAGACUAUUCUUAUCAUCCGGAACAAGAACAAGACAUACGAACAGGUGUGAAAGAUAGUAUCGCUAAAGCUCGUGAAGAAAUUCAAAAGGGAAUGCAAGUUUUGGAACUCAUUAAGCCACUAGAAGAUACUGCGCAGGAAUGGGAAAAAGAACUUCAGGCGUUUGAAGAAGCUGAAUCAAAACUUUACAAUGGCAGAGAUACCGGAUCAGAUGAAGGCAAUUUUACAGCAUCACCAUCUCCUGACGGUCAAAGAAGUGAUAGUAGUUUCUUUGAUGAAAUCGAGUCGCUGGCGGUACCUUCCUGGGAGGAUGAUCUCAAAACAACAAAGAAUUCCUCGAAUGAUAACAAAUCUAUUACCUCUUCUCAAGAUGACAAAAGUACACCAUCAUCCAAUGGCUCAAAACAUGAAGAUGGCAACACAUAUAGUGAAAAAUACAAUCCUCAACUGGUACGAAUGCUUCAUCAAAUCCAAUCUGAUAUUCGUGUCAAGGAAGAACUGGUAUCUCAUCUUGAAAAGUCUGAAACAGAAUACACAUUUAUGCGACGAAAGUUUGAUGACAAAAUUGGUGCUCUUGAAUCUAAAUUGGAAAGCUUGCAACGAGAAAAGGAUGAAGCUUUGGCACGUACAAAAUCUGGGUUUGCUUCCAACAAUCAUCUUACCAACAGCAAGUCUGAUGGGGUACAACUUCGUGAAAAACAACAACUUGUUGAAAUUCGACAUGCUUAUGAAAGCAAAAUGAAAUCACUAUUAUCAGAAAUCCAAGACUUGCGACGCAAAUAUUCACAAACUACCAUGACGAUGCAGGCUACUCGUAAUCAAAAUGAUACUCUUUUGCGCUCUCUUCGUGUGAAUGUGGAAACUCUCAAAAUGGAAAAAAAACGAAUGAUUAAGCGAAUGAAACAAGAAGCUGAACGAGUCCGUGAACAAAUGACGCUUCAAGAUCGAAAAAUUCACCAACUUCAACGUCUCAAUGCGGAAGCGAAUCAAGCUCGACGACGUCUAGAAAAGGAACAUGAAGCACAAAAACUCACUUUGAAACGACGCAAUGAAGAAGUAUUGAUGAACAAUAAUCAACUGAAACAAUUAACCAAUGUACUCAAGAAAGCUGUUCGUGAAGGUGGUGUUUUGGAUGAGCGUCUUCUUACCAAGGUAUCCAAAGCAAUGGGUGGAAGUUUUGCUAUUAUGGCCCGUGGUGGUGGUUUAUCCUUCCGUACUUCCUCUUCUUCUACGACUACUUAUGGUCGACGACGCAGCAAGAACCCUAUUCCUGUCCAGGUUCGUGCUACCCGGAAGAAACAACUCCUGGAUCGUGCUCUAUAUCAAUUGAUACAAGGAAAACAAGCUAUUGUGGAAAUGGAACAACUUUUAUUCAAACGAGAAAGACUAGCAGCUGAAAAACUUGAAUUAGCGGAAGAAAGAAAACAAAUCUACUUGGCUGAAAAAGAAAAUGCAGAGCUCACUGGUCAACCAAUGAAUAGCAUGGGUGUGGAAUUUAUGGAUGAACGUAUUGAUAUGAUAUCUGCAGAAAUCUCAUACCUUUCAGCUCGUAUUCGUGCUUUACAAUCGGAAGCAGCAGGAGGAAUAAUGGAUGAACCAACAAACAACAAUGGAGAUGGAUCAACUAAACAACAACAACAACAACAACAACAACAACAAUCAUCUGAAAAGCGUGUUACAUUUGCCGAUGAAAUUAUUAGUGACUCUGCUAUGGCGACUAUGGCAGCAUCACACGAUGAAUGGAUGGAUAUAGAUGCUAUGGAAGAACAAUUCAAUGUACCAGCAGCUGCAGCUCCAGAAGUAGCAUAUGAUAUGACGAUCAAGAUUCUCAAAUCCCUGGAAGUGGAUGAAUGUAGACGAAUUGCUGAAGGAUUAGUAGAUGAUAUUGUGAACGUCCGAACAAGUGAAUGCAACCGCCAAGUGACCAUGCAAAAUUUGGAGCGAACAGUACAUGAUCUUCGACGUACAUUGAUUGUAAUGAAACGGGCAGCCAUAGCGACUACAGUGGAUAACGAACGACGCAUUCGCAAACUUGAAGGUGGUAGUACAUUUGGAAGCGACGAUGAAAAGGAUAGUGCUAUCGAUGUCAAGAUUGAAGAAUACAUCAAUAAUGGAAAUACUAUUUUUGACAAGAUCUACGAAGAUGGCCUCCGUGGUAUGAUUACAACACCUGAACCUGGAUCAACAGAUUAUUACCCUGCAACCAUCAGUAUCAAUGGAUCACCAAUUAGCUCAAGUACUGGAGAAGGAAGUAGUAUGGAUGAAACAGCGCUAUUAUCACCUUUGUUAUCACCUGCAUCAACGAAUGGAUCAACCACUAACUCAACGACAGGUCCUACACGACCAGAGCUUCUUAGCAAUGCAGCAGCUAUACUAAAUGGAACCAAACCUCCUACUGGAUUGUCACCGGAAAAGGGCAAGUAUAUCAAUCGUGAAACAACACCUUCACCAGAUCGAUUCUUCAACAUGAUUCAAAAACGAAUGUCUUGGCAGCAACAACAACAGAGAUCAGAUUCACCUAUGGCGAUAUCCAUGAUUAACCCGGCAGAAUUUGCACGUUAUACAACUACUGAUCGUGAAUCAUCAACAUCCUCUAUUCGAAGCAGCCACUUACGACGCUCUUCUAUUCAAUCUGAUCAGUCGUUAUCUCAACCAGAUUCCUCCAACUCCUCUCAAGGUGGAAGCGUGACUAUGCGGAAACGUGCUUUUUCAUUACAACAACCUCCAGUACCCACUCGUCGACGAGCGUCUCUACGUGAACUAUCUUUGAUGGGAAGUACAGCAUCAACAUCUCCUCGUCAUGGAAAUAAUCCAGAUCAAAUGGUACCUUCUUAUUAUCAACAACAACAUCAACAGCAACAUCAACAACAGUAUUAUCAUAACAAAGAUUUACCUGCAUCUCCAAGAGUAUCAGCAUCGGUGAUGCAUCAUCAUCAUCAACAACAACAACAACAACAACAGCGUAUCGCAACUCUUCGAAGACCAUCCUCUGUAUCUACUUUUGCGCCUCAAUCUAUUAAUUUGAUGCAUUCUGAUGUAGCAAUGGAACGUGGAUCAUCAGCUGGUAGCAACAAUGUUUUUGAUCGAUUAUCACAAACACCAACUCGAGCAUCCAGCGCAAAAAUGCAAUAUCGUCAUAGUAUCAGCAGCAUGGAUGAUUUACAACAACGAUGGGAACCUUCAAGUCGAUCUUCUAGUGCCAUGAGUGGUACAUUUUACAACUAGUUAGUUUAUUUUCCUUCCUUAGUUUUAGUUAUCUUAUAUUAUAUAUAUAUGCUUUUUUUUUAUAUAUUUCCUUUUCUGAUUCAGUUAGGGAUGUUUUUAUUUGUAUAGUUUCUUCCUCUGACCUUUGGUUGAUUGUAUCUAUUCUCGUUUAUAGUUUUUUUUUUUUUU